GGCAGCUUGAGGAGAGACAGGAAAGGAGUCUCCUGGGUACCCUUCGCAGACCCGGCCCCGUUCCUGUUGUCCGCGUCGCCGGUCCUUUCUCGCUCGCAACCGUAUCCACCGACUGCCGGGCGAGAUGGCGUCCCCCUCUAGACAGCCCCCGCCCGGGGGGUCAGGACUGCUCCGAGGCAGCCGGGCUCGCUCUUAUGGAAGCCUGGUGCAGUCCGCCUGCUCCCCGGUGAGGGAGCGACGCCUGGAGCAUCCGCUGGAACCAGGGGACUCCUUGGGAUCCUUGAGACUUUUUCUGGGACCCACAAUGGAGCAGAUUAAGCGUGCAAAUCGCCUUUAUACUAAUGACUCCAUCUUCCUGAAGAAAACCCUCUACAUCCCCAUCCUGACAGAGCCCAGAGACCUGUUCAAUGGUUUGGAUUCUGAUGAUGAAGAAGAGGAACAAGAGGGGCAGCCGAGUAAGGCUGAAGCUGGGCCACAUUCAACAGAGAGGGAACAGCAAGAGACACGUUUGAAGCGUGCCAAUGGUGAAGUCCUCCCCACAUCUGUCCAGCAGCCCCCCAAGCCCACCGACGACCUCUCGGUCUCUGAUUUCCUUAAGAAGCUUGAUUCACAGAUCAGCCUGUCAAAGAAGGCUGCUGCCCAGAAGCUGAGAAAAGGGGAAAGCAGGGUGCCUGGAGAGGAUGCAGGUCCCCACCUGAGCUCCCCUCGGAUGCAGCAACGAGCGGUCCUAGGUCCUGUGCCUCUGACCCGGACCUCACGGACCCGGACACUACGGGACCAGGAGGAUGAAAUCUUUAAACUUUGAUGUCCCACAACUGACUGAAAGAAGCAAGAUGUUGAAGGAACAACUUGAGGGGGUGAGGAGCCUGAGGUGAGGCUCAAGAACAUGGCUUCCUAGCCACCUCCCUCUACUCCUGCCAUCUCCCUCGGCCCCCUUGUCCAUCCAAGGGCUCCUGGGGAAGUUUUACUACACAAGUCGGGGUUGGAAAAUCGGCCCCUUCUCAGUCUUUCAGCUGAAUCUAGAGUUGUCCUUUAGAUUCAAAAGGCUCUUUUUACAUCCCUGCUGGCUUUCCCACCCCUUGGCCUUAGAACAGGGAAUCGCCUAACCCCCACCUUCCUCCUGAUCCCCACCUAUGUAUGUAAUUUAUUUGGUGCUAUAUUGAAGUCAUAUUUAUUUGCUGAAUUCCCUCCCUCUUGUAGCUGAAGAAAUGGGGUUUCUGAAGUAGUCCCAGGACGGAAGGGAUCCGGGCACAGUGAGCCAGUGACUACUGGUUCCCACCUCCUGAGUCAAGCAUGCUGUGGAGGGCAGGGCACUCAGUGACCCAGUCCCCCUGCAGAGAUGGGGGAUCUGUGCCGGGUCCCUCCCCGCAGCAGUCUGAAAGUUAAGAAUUAACUAGAUCCCUAUAACUUCCCAACUUUUGUUCUGAGAAAAGCAAGCAGCGUGUAGGGUCCUGAACCUUCUCCCCCACCAGUCCCCCCUCUGACUUACUCCUUUGCUCGGCCUGUGGCGGGGCACGGGCUGGAAGAAGCAUGCUGUCUGUGUCGGAGUUUGGAGAGGAUGCUAGCCCCUCUGUGGUGGCUUUCUCUUUGUUGCAGCCCACCUCCCCCAGAGCCUGCUCCUCACUGCUUAUUUAUUUGCAAUGUGUAGCACUGACCUGUGGUACUGCUUGUUUUGUUUUGUGUGUGCUGCUUUGCCUUUCUUAAAAAGAAGAAGUAGGUAAGACAACUUCAUUGAUUCAGAAAAUAAGCCUGUCUCCUGUAUGGAAAUGGUGAGAGGUGAGAUAAACACUGUUUCUUUCCUGCCUCUCCUCUGUAAUGAUCAUAAGGUGUGAGAAGCUGGAGAGAUUAAACAUUGAGCCCUGGCA